GGUCGGCGCUGGUUGUUGUGCUGUGGGAAGAAGCAGCGGGACAGAUGGAUGAAGUGGCUGCAGCACAUUUCGUCUCGCCACUUAAAAUUCCAGGUACGACACGCAUCAUAUUCCUGGUCAACGGGAAAUUAAAGAUCUGCAUCGCAUCUGAUCUGCAUGUUGAUAGAGGAGCUACAGUCCCUGUAGAGAGUAUGACCUACGACUGACCCACAGAUGGGAGAAAAUGCACUUUUUUUUAUCCCAAACAGGAGAUUUUAGCUCCCUCUCCUGCGUUUGCUCUAAUCCGCUAACACUCCCUCUAGUGUUGCAGAAUCUGAGAUAAAGACGCGUUGAUCGGUGCUUCACUCCCUCGGAGCGGGACUCUGCAUCGAGCAUCUCCAUCUGGUUACAAUGGGAGAGACGUUUGAACACCAGCAGCGACGCUCAGCACACUGGGAGGACCGUCACACAGCGGAGUGUUUUCAUGUCUGACUUAAUGUUGUGAGCCUGCGGCUGGAAAAUAAAGCCAAACCAAACAGGAAGCUCUUCUUCUGUCGUCAUGGUGGUCACGGUCUACAACAUCUCGUCCACCUCGGCCAGGGUGACGUGGCCCGCCUCCCCCGCCUGCCUGGACACCUUCUACAGCGUCAUGUACGAUCCCAACUGGAACAGCCUCAUCAUGGGCUACAAGCGCAAGAGCUUCAAGCACGAGGAGCGCAUCCCCGUCAGCCAGACCGCCACCUACCUGGGCAACCUGCUGCCCCAAACCGCCUACUUCCUGUGCGUGACGUGCCAGGCCGCCGACCCCGUUCGGGAGCAGUGCCAGGUGUUCAGCACACCGAGCGAGAGCAGCGAGGGCCACGACCGGGCGGGCUGGGAGGUGGCGGUGGGCGUGUGGCUGACCUGCUGCCUGCUGCUGCUGGUCAUCGCCGGCGUCCUGCUGUGGGGCUGCCUCCACAACAUGUGCUCCCUGCCGGGCCGCGCCGCCGAGAGCCGCCCCGUGGUGACGACCUCCACCCGCCAGGACAUGUCCAGUUCGGGACACCUGUUCCAGGCCAGGAGCAGCAGCAGCGAGGAGAGCAUCAAGCGGGCCACCGCCAUGCAGACGUCGCUGAUGCUGGCGCAGCCAGGCGGCCAUGUAAUUACCCCGGAGCAUGAGGGCUGAGCCGGCUGACAGAGAGCCGGCAUUAAUCGAGCGGAUUGAGGUCACCACGGUAUUGUUCCGCGCCCCCCACCGACCCCGGCCGAAUUAUCGCCGAACGUUUUACCCCGCUCAAUGAAAAUCCUGUUUGAGCUUACAGGGAUAUUGUCAUAGCAACCAUUCACAACAAGACUGUUUGAACCAUUUUAAGUGAGUUAACCUAAACAUACAAGAUGAUACAGAGAAGAUGGUCAUUCUACUAGAAAUAUUAAACUCAAAGGGUUCUUUCAGCUUUAACCUUCUAGACUUCUAUUUUAUUUUAUUUUUUUGCAGAGAGGGAUUUUUGUCUAAACAUUUUGCACAAGACCUAAGAGACAUGAAGCUCAGCACAAUGUUUCCUUGAAUAAAGUUUCCUUUUCUUUAUUUUCUGUAGGGAUUUCAUUAGGCCCAGACAAUAAAUGAAUUUAACUGAUCAAUAAAAUAUUUAGUUUUUGCAAAUGUAA